GAAUAUAUAAAUAAAGUGAAAAACACGAAUAAUUAUAAUAACAAUCACAACUUUUGCAGAGUCCACUGAUACGUCGAGUUCUAUCCUUCCACCGAAGGGGAAAGGGAAAGGACAGGCAGCUGAAAAAGGAAGAUCCAAGUCUGUUGGUUGCAGGCAUGGCUGAUCCAGAGUUGGAAGCAAUCAGGCAAAGGAGAAUACAGGAGAUGAUGGCACAGAGAGGCAUUGGCAACUCACAAGGUGCUGAGCAACAGCAAGCACAGGAGGAGCAAAAGAGGGAAGCGGAGGAAAAGAGACAAUUAUUAUUGAGCCAAAUUCUUUUCUCUCAAGCAAGGGAACGGCUUGCCAGGAUUGCUUUAGUUAAACCUGAGAAAGCCAGAGGAGUUGAAGAUUUCUUGUUGUCUCAUUUCCGAAUGGGUCAGAUCACUGAAAAGGUGUCUGAAGAGAGGCUCAUAUCAUUGCUUGAGCAAAUCAAUGAACAAACAAAAAAGCCUACUAAAGUCACUAUCCAGAGGCGGCGGAGUGUACUUGAUGAUGAUGAUUAGGGAUAUAAUAUACAUAUUUCAUAUAUAUCCUUGACCUAUAUCUGCUAUGGUCUUUGUGAAAACUGGGUAUAAACCUUGUGAAGAUUAUUUGUAUUUCAGAAAUGAUUGAUGGUUGAGUUUAAUGGGUAUUCUUAUUAGUAUACUUCUCCAUGAGAAAAUUGAAUUUGGCCUUCUUUUUCUAGAAUUAUCAUGAAAAUGACAAUUUCAAUUUUUUUUAAUUAAUUUGAGAUGGCCUGCCUUUUUUUCUGUAUAA